AUGUAUUUACAGUCGCUCCUCGUUAUUUUCUGUCUUCUAAUUUUUAGUCACUCUCAAGGUACGGCUGAGGUAACUACACUACCAGAGGACGACCCGAAAAACUUUAAAGAGCAGAAUGCGAAAAAGCUGGUUGAAUUAGGCGGAACACACUGGGUCAAGAAACGAACGUACGAAGUGACGACGCCAAUGGGAAACCCAACAUGUGAAUAUGCUAAAAUCUACGGUGAGACGACGACGGGAGAUGGCUACACCUUGGAACUGGGAGCUAAAUUAGGAUCCAAGUGGACAUCAAAAAAUCAAACAUUGUUGUUCAAAACCACUGGCCAACAUCCGGCACCAAACGUACUCCUGUUUAGCAGACUACAGGCUGACGGACCACUGGGUCAUCCACUACUAUACUCUGAUUACAAAGUAUGCCACAUUGUAAGAAUAUUGAAAAAGGAUUCGCCAGAUUACCGUUGUGACUUGCUACUAACUAACGAGGCUGCAAAAGAAAGCCCACCCGCUGCUUGCGAAGCGAAGUUUCAAGAGUAUUGCAAAGGUCCUUGGUAUGAAUCCUACAAGAGUAAUUGUGACGAAACAGGACCAAAAACUUCCUGA